AUGAGCAGUGAGAGGAAGGCUCUGCUGGAGAGAGCUUUCCCAGAAGUCCUGUGUUUCUGUCGCAGUCUGGGGCUGGUGUUUGAGGUGGUGGAUCUGCGCUGGGGGCUUCGAAACGUCACGUCCGGAGACCACGAGUCCAGUGAGAUCUUCCUGCAGGAGAUCGACAGGUGUAAGAAGAUUUCAGUCGGUCCAGCUUUCACCGCUCUGCUGGGGAAUCGCUACGGACACCGAGCUCUUCCUCGCCUCAUCCCGGAGAAACAGUUUGAAGUUCUUCUGUCCAGACUCUCCAAAAACCCUGAGGGUGUCAAACAGCUGAAUCAGUGGUUCUUAAAAGACAACAAUGCUAUCCCGCCCAUGUACGUCCUUCAGCCAAUCACGGCUCACUUUGCCCACUACAGCGACCUCCGACCUGAGAGUGGGCCUCAGCACGACAACAACGUCCUGUCCUGGCGUUUCACAGAGACUCAACUGUUGCAGCUCCUACGAUCCGCCGCCACCGACGCUGAGGCUGCCGGGGACAUCACGGCCGAGCAGAAACAACACUUCUUCACAUCAGUCACAGAGCGGGAGCUCAAGCAAGGUUUGUGGAAAGAUGACAGCGACUCGUCGGCUCUGCUCUUCGUCCGAGAGGUUCCCAAGCAGAGGGUGAGAGACGGUCCCAAGCGUCUCGCCAAGUACCUGGACGUGACUGCUGACGGCUUGCUGGAUGCAGAAGCUCAGGAACUCCUCAGCGACCUCAAGUCUCGGCUGUACGCCUCGUCGCAGAAGAUCCUCAACCUACACUGUGUGGAGCUCAGCAAGGGGAGCGUCGACCCCAAACGCAAAGAGCAUGCUCAGUACCUGGACAGCGUCUGUGAGCAGUUUGUGUCCCAGAUGAAAGCUCGGAUCACAGCGUCGGUGGAUUCCCCAGCUGAGGAGAGGCGGAGGAAGAUCUGGGGAAGCACUGAGGAAGAAAAGCAGGAAGCUUCAGACUGGGUGGUUGAAGAGGUUACACAGCAUGUUGCCAUGAGUGCAGAGAUGUGCAGGGGUCUCCAUGGUAGAGAGGGUCUUCUGGGUAAGCUCUGCCUCGCCAUGUGGGAGUCCACCAACAUCCGUCACGUCCCGCUGGUGGUCCAUGGGGCUGCUGGGAUGGGGAAGACGGCUCUGCUGUGCAAACUGGCGCAGGAAAUGCAAAGCAUCCUGGAGGCCAGAUCGGUAGUGGUGAUCAGGCUGCUGUCGGCUCAUCAUCCUCACAGACCAGACGUUGACCAUGUCCUCCGCAGCGUCUGCCUCCAGGUCUGCUUGGCGUGUGGCUUGUCUCCGCCCUCGCCGCUGACGGCCAGCACUCACCUGGAGCUGCUCAGAUUCUUCAGGAACGUCCUCGAGCAGGUUUCCCAGCAGGGGAACACUCUGCUCCUCAUCCUGGAUGCUGUGGAUCAGCUCUCAGAUCAGCAUCACGCUCACAGACUCCGCUGGCUGCCUGCCGACCUCCCGCCCAAUGUCCACCUGGUGGUUUCCAUGGAUACCAACAGCGAGGCGUUUGCUAACAUGCGGCUGAAGUUGGAGAAUUCGGGGAGCUUCUUUGAGGUGCAGCGUUUGUCUCGUGAUGCAGGGAAACAGAUUGUGGAGUCAAACCUGCGAGCAUCGCAGAGAACGUUGACUCCUGAGCAGAGUGAUGCUGUGCUGCAGAGUUUCGAGUUGACUGGCUGUCCUCUACACCUCAGACUGAUCCUGUCUGCAGCCAAACGCUGGACAUCCUUCACACCGCUCACAGAGAUACACCUGGGCACCAACACACAGGAAAUGAUGUCACAGCUCUUCAUGAUGCUGGAGGAGAAACAUGGGAAGGAGCUGGUGGGAGGGGCCUUAAGAUACCUCGCUCUGGCAAGGGAAGGUCUGCUGGAAGCUGAGCUGCGUGAUGUCAUGUCCCUGGACGAUGAUGUCAUCAGUGAGGUGUACAGGUACUCCCUCCCUCCGACGCCCUCGUUGAUCCGACUGCCCCCUCUCCUCUGGGCUCGCCUCAGACGGGACCUGGAGGACCAGCUGGAGGAGCGGUGGACGGGUGGGGUCACCGCGAUCACCUUCAACAACCGGCGUCUAUUUGAGGCGGUUUCAUCUCGAUAUCUGACAUCAGAGCGGUGGGGGCGGAGCCUCAGGAUUCUGGCGGAGUACUUCCUGGGUCGGUGGUCAGGGAAACUGAAGCCGGCGGCUCUGCCGGGUCUGUCGCUGCUCCUCUCUGACAGAAAGGUCCCUCCCCAGCCGCUGUGGUUUGCUCCAGGAUUGGCUAAUGUCAGGAAGCUGCAGGAGCUGCCCUAUCACCUGCUGCACGCAGGUCUGUGGGAGGAGCUGCGACAGGAGGUCAUUGGCAGCGCUGAGUGGCUGUACUGUAAGAGCAGGGUGUGUGGGGUGUCCAGUGUGAUCCACGACCUGGACCAGUGCUCCCAGUACAUGGACUGCAUUGAGACCAGACUGAUCCGAGACACUCUGGUCCUAAUCAAACCCAGCCUGGACUUCUUGGACAAUCACAUGGACAUGGCUCUGUUCUACACCGAGCUGUUAGCCAGACUCUGCUCCUUGGCCCCAGCAUUCCCCUCUGUGAUUGGCCGGCUCUGCAGCCAGUGUGAGGAGUGGUUACUGACGUGUCUGGAGCCCAUCCUCCUCCCAAAGUGCAGCUUCCUGUUGCAGCCAGGCGGGGCGCUGCAGCACACACUGAGCAGACUGCAGGGAGGUGUUCUCUGUGUGGACGUCAGUGUGGAGGCGGAGCUUCUGGUCGCAGGUUCAGAUGAUGGGGUGGUGGAGGUGUGGAGUCUCAGAGACCAGCAGCUUGUACACAAUCUGCUGGGACACACAGGUGCAGUCCUGUCCGUUAAGGUGACUGACAGCUCAUCUCGCUGCCUCUCAUUGGCUGCUGACGGCUCUCUGAGGAGGUGGAGUCUGAUGAACGGCCAGGAGCUGCUCUGCAUCCAGGAGGCGGUACCUGUUGGCUCUGCCCCUUCAUCAGUACACCUCCACCUGUGUGAACAGAAGCAGCUACUCUGUGUUUACACCAGGACACAGGUGAAGGUGUGGAAGCUGGAUGGAGCUGAGCUCUUCAGCAGCAGCAGCGAUGAAGGCUUUGUGGUUCUGGGAGUUCUGGAAGAAUCAGUGGUUUCUCUGGCCGACACUGGUCUGCUCAGAAUAUCCCAGUCUGUUAACGGGACUCAGACUGUGGAGACUCAGCUAGAAAACUCACAGAGAUGUUUGACUGUUGCGAACUCUGUUACAUUACCAAAACGUGGGAAAGUGCUUGUGGUUUCUAAAGAAGGCUUCCUCUAUCAGAUUUCCAGGACGGGCAAACACACAGCCGUUGAGUUUCCUCUGGUUCCUUCUUUACUUUCUGUCACUGAAGAUGAAAAAAUACUAAUAGCAGGUUCUGAGCGAACACUGAGCCUCUUUAACAUCGACAGAGACCCUGUGGACAAAUUCCUCGACCUCCAACACGAUGACAGUGUUUUGUCCACCUGCAUCUCUUCGGACGGCAGGCUGCUCGCCUCCGGAGCUGCCGACCAGCUCAUACGAAUCUGGUCGGUGACCACCGGUGCGUUGUUGGACACUCUGUGUGGCUCAGAUGCUCCCGUCACCUCCGUGGUUUUCUAUAAAGGCUUCGUGGUUUCAGCCUCGGCAGCCGCUGCCUCCGUUCAGAUGUGGAGUCUGAAAUACGACACCCAACACAAACCCGCCGCCCACAUCCCGUCAGGCUGCGCCCACGUCGCCAUCACCAAAGACGCAGAUAGAGUCUUCUUCGUCCGCCAUCCGAGCCAGAGAGAGGUCAUCAGCUGGAACAACCACACAGGUUCUCUAUCAGAGCGUUUGCCGGUCUCAGCUGAGGUUUCCUGUCUAGAGUUAGCUCAGCACAAACGUUUACUCCUGUGCGGUCUGUCCUCCGGGACUAUCCUCAUCUACCCGUUAGCUCUGCCCCAGGAGACGCUCUGCAUUCCCCCUCCAGAGAGCCUCUCCAGGGUGCUCUGCCUGGCUGUCAGCUCCCAGGAGAAGUACAUGGCGGUGGCCUACGAGGACUCUGUGUGUCUGUUUGAGAUCAGCACCAGAGACAGCUUCCCCACAGUGGAGGGGCCCCUGGAGAGGUUCCCCCUGUCCCUCCUCCACGCACCUCUGUCUUCCAUGGCCCUGCUCUCCGACCGCAGGCUGCUGUACGGGACGAGCUGCGGGGAGGUGAAACUCUACGACUUCAGCAGCGGCAGCGGCUCCAGCCUGGAACCUCACCACAGCAGAGUGACCUGCGUGACAGCCAGUAACUGGGAGACUCACGCCCUGGUGGGCUCAGAGGACGCCAUGCAGAGGCUGUGGGCCCUGAACCCGCUGGCCCUGGACCACACCAUGGAGUACAAGGGUUUGUUCUUCGAGGGCGUCCUCUCCGCUGCCUUCUCCGACAGUGACCAGUUCGUCUUCACUGGAUCUCAAGACAGAACCGUCAAAGUCUGGGACGUCGCUUCAGGAAACCUGCUGUACGUUCAGUACGUCUACUCCCCCGUCGUCAGGAUGGUGACCUUCAGGAACGGCUUUGUGGCGUUGUCUCAGCAGGGUUUCGUCAUCAGAGAAGUUUUUCGCUGUCCAGACCACAUCAGUCCGGACUACAACCCUCUGAGGAACGUCAAGGCCCAGUAUCGGGUCACCUCCAGGGAUAGGAACCGGGAUGUCCAGCAGACGUCUGAGUCCGACCUCCAGGACUACAACCCGGCCCAGUUCAACCUGAACGUCAUGAGCAUGCUCAGAGCCAAACCCUCCUCCACCUGUCUCAUACUGUAGGACACUGUCCCGG